CUCUGUGGUGAGCAGGGUACCUUCUCUCCCUCCUCCAUAUGUGUUAUAGAACAGUGUCCGCGUCCCAUAUACAGUACGCACUCGUAUAUUAGUCUGUCUGAAGAGUUUACGAUUACGACUCCUCCGUGACCCUCAUGGUGUGUAUAGGAAAGUAUAUUACAAGUUACUGCAUUGUGUAACGUAAUUGAUGAAAGCACGGUGGCUACCACACCAUUGUUACUGCCGCCAAGCCCAUCUGGUCACAACCAUCGUCUGGUCUUUCUUCGCCACGACUACCUGUUUCAUCACUAUCACCAUGAAAAAACUGCAUAAAUUCUUGAUAGCGUUGGUAACGUUAACUGUACUAUUAGUUACAAUUUACCUGCUGUCUGUUAACGACGUCCCCAUCACCUUAUUACCAAUGAAAUCAUUCAGACAUGAAGGAACGUUAUUCGGGAUCAGCGAAGAGACGCGAAAUAAUAAGACACAAGAUCCUAUCAUAAAAAGAGGAACACAAAGUGAGGGGAACCCAGAGGCCAAGGAAACCUUGAUGACACACCUACCACCAAAGUCAGGGACUUCUCAGGGCAUUGUUACUGCACGCCAACCACCAAGCUCAGAGACAAUCACCUCUAAAGACAUCAACAGUGUUCAUCUGCCACUACAGCCUGGGGAUUCACAUCUACCAUACGAGGAACUGAAUUUAAAGCAAAUAAAACAAUCACCUGUAGAUCUGUUUAAAGAGACGCCCGAGACCAACGAUGCACUCAACACUAAUAAUAAUCCUCAGUUGAAGAAAAUACUCUUUUGGAAUGAUGGUUACAGUAGCAAGCACUUUGGGUUCGGGUUCGGUCGUGAGCCCUUCUUGCGUGCUGGCUGCCGUGUCAAUACUUGCUUCACCACAGGCGACCGAUCCCGCUUUCCGCUGAAGGAGAUUGACGCUCUUGUGUGGCAUUUUAGAUCAAAUGACAGAUCGCUUCCUACUGUCAGGUCCCCCCAUACCCGCUACGUCUUCUGGAUGAUGGAGUCAGCAUCUUACCUCUACGGCAAUAUUGGCCACUUCAAUAACAUCUUCAAUUGGACAUUUACGUACAGACUCGACUCCGAUUUCCCAAACCCGUACGGGCGUGUCUACCGACGUCGGCAGCCCCUUCAGGAGCCAGAAGAGGAGCGGAACUACGCAGCCAACAAGACCAAGCUGGCAGCCUGGUUUGUGUCCAACUGUUGGACAGUCGGCGGCAGGGAAGAGCUGGUAAAACUGUUAAGGAAAUGGAUCAAGAUUGACCAGUACGGCCAAUGUGGGUCGUUGAGUUGUGUGAGGAAGAACUCCAGUGGAUGUUACUCUAUGCUUGAGAAGAACUACAAAUUCUACUUCUCCUUUGAAAAUUCUCUUUGUCAAGAUUAUGCGACAGAGAAGUUGUUCAAUAUCUUAAGGCUAAACGUGGUACCAGUGGUGUACGGUCUAGGCAAUUACUCGAUGCUGGCGCCACCUCACUCCUACAUCGACGCCCUCAGCUUCCCCACAGCUAAGGCCCUCGCCGAGUACCUCAUCUACCUGGACAAAAACGACACUGCCUACAAUGAGUACUUCAGAUGGAAACGUUUUCAUUGGAUUCCUCACCCUUGGGCGAAUGAAGCCAAGCCGUACUGCGAUUUGUGUGAGCGCCUCCACCAGGACAACACCACCAAAGUGUACAACCUGCAGCAGUGGUUUGUCCAAGACUCUCACUGCAAGUCCAGCUACAGCAAGGACAUAUCUUUGUUCAUAAACGGGUAUAUCAAACGAUGGCACACAGAAAUUAUCCCUGUAGUGAUAAUUUUCGUAAUUUUUCUCAUAUUCGUCGGCAUUUCAUUUCCGAAGUUUUAUAUCAGACGCAAUAUAUUCCGUAAACAUGGAAUAUAGAAUGAAUUUCAUAGUUCCAGGUAUAAAUUUUUCUCCGUGAAAAAGAACAAGUCCACAAAAGAAGUCCUAAAUCACACGCUGUUCAUAUCGCCACAAAUAUUGUAUUUGUUUCAGAAUUCUUAGUUGCUUAUAAUGGAACUACUUGUUGAUUAUGAAGAUAGUGUCUAAUAAAUUCAGUAACAUACUGUAUAAGUCUUUGUUCUCGAGACAACGUCGACUUCAGGGUUACUGACGUGAUUCCAACAACUCACUCAGUGUAUGUUGUAUUAUCGUGCUAGGGGAAGCAAUUAUCAAAACAAACUAUGUUUUAUUUAUCUAUAAAUGUUAAUGACGUGUGUGUGUGUGUGUGUUUGUGUGCAUUUACCUAAACUACGCGCUUGAAGAGAUUACUCAUAUAAACGUAGUUGUAACCGCCCGAUGAGCUACUGUGGAAUAAUGGGACCCUUGCACCCGGAAGUGCUUCUGUCGCCGCCGGAGUGUCGGGAGAUAUUCUUUCACUCACUUCUUCCAGAACUGGUCUGCAAUGAAUUGGGCAUGCUUCCAUUUUCGUCGGUACGCUUCUGCUAUGGACUGAUCGCCUCCAGUGGGCAGGGUUCCCGCAUGCAUUCGCGGCUUUGGGUUCUCUGGCCAAAUUCUGCUCCAUGCAGUCCACGCCUGGCAUCAUGAGCUGGGUUUUGGUUGGAGCUCACGUGUCUCCAUUGUUCUGCGUCAGAAUUCUCAUGUAUCGUUGCAUUGCGGUUUGCCAAAAUGGUAUGGAAGCGCCGUUCAGUGUUUCGUAUGUAUUGAAGGGUGACCAUGCUGUCUGUCCAGAACACUGAUCUGUCGAUCUGCAACUCUAGUUCUUCUCUCAGUUGUUUGUCUGCUUUGGCCGCCAACACUGCCGCACAUAGCCCGAGCCGAGGUAUGGUUUGCUGUUUCAGAGGAGCUAGCUUGGCUCUGCCACACACAAAGGAGGUAGAGUGGGCUCCAUCUCCACUUGUGAUCCUGAGGUAGCAUACAGCCCCGUAUGCUUGCUGGGAGGCGUUGCAGAAGUGGUACAGUUGUACCAUAGUUAUUGGAUUUGCGCAUUCAGGGUGGUAACAUCGAGGGAUGCGUACUUGAGACAAGUGGGGUUAGUUCAUUUAGCCACUGCCGCCAAGCGGCUCUGUUGAGUUUGGUCAUUUGCUCAUCCCACCCGAAGCCUCGCCUGCACUCGUCCUGGAAUUUGAUUUUGGCUUGUAUGGUGCUCGGAGCGAUAAUUCUUAAUGGGUCGUAUAUGGAGCUGACCAUACUCAGGAGACCUCGCUUCGUUUGUGGCUUCGUUGGGAUCUGGAUUCGGACUGCAAGUUCGUCAUUCUCUUGAUCCCACGUGAUUCCCAAUGCUCGCUCAGCUGGGAGCCUGUCAUCCUUCAAAAGUACUUCUUUCACUUCCAUGGCUCUUUUCGUUUGUUGGACUAUUAUGAGGACCACUUUGUGGUUGCAAAUCCAUUUUGUAAGUCUGAACUCGCCUUUCUUCAUCAACUGCCUCAGUUGGUGAGUGACUAUCGCUGCCUUCCCUGGUGAUGCUACUGAAAGAAGCAGAUCAUAAACAUAGAAGUUGCGACUUGCUUUCUUAAUUUCUUCAUGGAGCCUUUGUCUGUGGUCUUAGAAUGUUCGUCGUAGUGCAUAUCCAACACAAGAUGGGCUCCACACUCCCCCGAAGAGAUGUACCUUCAUUCGGUAAGUGGCCGGGUCUCCCGAUAGUUGGUCGUCUGUCCACCACAGGAAGCGCAAGGCGUCUUGAUGCUUAGGCAGUACUCGUACCUGGUGGAACAUAACCUCGAUAUCAGCCAUGAAUGCUACCCUUUCGUGUCGGAACCUAAUGAGGACUCCCAUCAAUUUGUUGUUGAGGUCUGGCCCUUGCAUCACUUGGCUGUUCAGGGACACUGACUCAUAUGUUGCUGCACAGUCAAAACUAUUCUCAACUUCCCGGGCUUAUUUUGGUUCAAUACUGGGUGAUGUGGGAGGUACCAGGUUUUACCCCGGCACAAUGGUAAGCUCACGGUGUGGGACUCUCUCAGUAUGUCCCUUGUUGAUCAGGUUUUGCAUCUCUUCUCGAUAUCUAUGGCGGAGGUCUGGGUCUUUCAGGAGACGUUUCUUUAAGCUCGCUAACCGUUGCUCAGCUAGUUUCCUGUUAUUCGGGAGUUCCGGCUCUUCAUGACGGAACGGUAUGGGAAGUUGAUAGUGCCCGCCCACUCUCGUCACUGAAGUUGACCAUAGCACCAGGACUCUUCUGUCUCUAAACGUGUCUCCAGGCUCAGCGGCUUUUCUGAGAUGAGGUGGUUGAAUGAUAGGUGGUCACUUAUUGCAGGUCCAAUCAGUCCAUUUAUGGUCCAUCCUAGAAGUAUGCUCACCGCGAACGGCUUUCCGUUCUCCCCGGUCCUUACUUCUAACGGUGUCAGGGCUUGUGUUACAUCUAACCUUAUCAGAAGAUCCACUCUUUCCGGUGCGUGGAAAUGUGUGGUUCCUUGGAGGUGCCUCCAUUUGGCAACAGCUCUGGUGUUCACAACCGAUGCUUCCAGUGAAGAAGGCAGGUCUUUAAUAACGAGGAUUCUGGGAAUGUUGAUGGAUCGACUUCUUCUCACUCCGACGCUAGUCACCUUCAGAACGAUCUCUUUGACCUUCACGCUCUUCGUCUCCUUCAGGAUCGUGCCUAUGGAGACUGAAACAGACUUCUCUGUUAUUUGUAGUCUGUUGGUUAGGCUCUCAGUGCAGUAAGACCUGUUGCUGCCUGAGUUCAAGAGUGCUCCGGUGAUCACUGUUGUAUUCGUUUCUCGCCUUAUCUCCCGGACUUUGACCUUUAAUAUGGGGAGUGCAACUCCGCCUGGAUCUGCUCUAAUCAUAUGUCGUAAUCUUCGUGCCCCUCGCACUGGUUAUUUUCUCGAUCGUAAGUAUUUCUGGCCCAUUUAUACAAGUUUUCUCGGUUCGUGGUCACUAAUGCAACCUUCUUGUUUCGAGCCCUUUUCUCCGUAACUCUCGAGCUGGAUUCGGGUUUCCAUGGCCUAGCUCCACUGGUCGUUGAUUUCUGUGCCGACAUGAUGGCCUUGAGUUGACAGUUACCUAGCUUUUGCCGCUUGUGGUUGGGCGACACUUCUGACUGGUGUGCAUCCAUGUUGGAAGCUCUUUCCAUCCCUUAAAAACUGGCUAAAAGUUCCUUUCUUGAUGGUUCGUCCUGGUUUGGCGUGUUAUUGAGCAUAGAAUUUCUCGAGAAGUGCAGGAGAUUCGAGUGGAAGCUAUAGCAGCCAUCUAUGCAGCACCUUGUCUUCUGGAUGCACUUGGCCAUCCGGUGAGUGCGAUCUAAGCAGGCAAAACAGCGACGUUCUUCACGUAUGAAUGAAAUUCGCGCUCCAGUCGACAUGUUGAGGAAUGCUUGGCAUCUCUGCAGAGGGAGAUAUCCAGGGCACAACAGGCAAGUGCUGUCGUCCCUUCCUCUAACCUCCUCUCUUCCCGAAGUCACUAUGCCCACAGGUCUCCUUUCUGAUGAGGAAGGGUAUGGGUGUGAGCCUGUUCAUGUACUGUUCGGCUCUUCUUGUCUUUGUCCCCUCGAAGCCCUCCUUGUCCUGUCUAGCAUCUCCAGUAGAAAAUCCUUCAUCCACUCGACCCCUGGAAAAUUCCCGUGUCUCCUUUCAUAGUCAUAUGCUCAGCAUAUGACUAUGAAAGGAGACACGAUAGAGCAUAUUAUGCUCUAUCCUCAUAUCGCGCCCUGAUCUUUCCUGUGAAUCUCUUAGCCAAAGUAUUCAGUGAUUCGUAAGUGUCAAUUUCAUGCAGUUUUCCUAGCACCUUUAAGUUGCUUACGCAAUUUCCAAGAUUGUCCGCGAGCUCCUGAAGUCUUUUAAUGUCAUCUGUUCUCACGGCUGGCCCACGUAGGACCUUGCCUAUUAGUUCUUGGAUGUAGGAUUACUUGUUGCCCUGGGAUCUUCUAUUUGCAGGCACACUCUCAGGGAUUUCUUAGUGCGGCCGAUGUAGGCCGAGAGAAGUGUUUCCAAUUUUAGUGCAUAGUGUAUGGACGCCUCCCCAUUGUGUCUUUGGAAGGCAUGCUUGAACUCCCAAUACUCGUCACAAGUCCCUCCGCUGAAUUUUGGCAUCGGCCAUUAACUUUUCCAGUCUCUGGGUUGGUAGCAUCGUGUCCGAUGGCCUCCCUUCCAUCCGUCCUGGGCGUUCUCACUAUAUAUCUUGUACUUUUUUUUCCUUCUCCUAGGUUCCUGUUGGUGUCACUGCUUCCGGAAAGUGGGUAUGACAGGUGGAAACAUGUUCCCUCUCCCCCUGAGGAGAUGUUCGCGACUCUGAGGCGCUGAGUGUUGGGAACCCUCCUUGGGUGGGAGUCUAGGUGUAGCAGUUAGACACUCCUGGUUCUGGCGGUUGACAAUAUGUAUCUCAUGGAUACCUCGUCGCGGCUAUCAUCCCCUCACUCGUUUCCAGAAAAGGUUUUCCUCCUGGGAAUGAUAGCAUCUCACCAAAGUCAUCCGUAUCACCUAAAGUCUGCAGUUGCUCCAUAUGAUCUUUCAUAUUCUGCAUCAUUGCCGUCAAUUGGGUGAGCGUCUGCUGAUAACCCCCGAUUACCCUAUUCUUCCGGCCUGUUGGUUUCAUCCUUCUCUUGGGUGAAAGGGUUUCUCCACUUCGCCCUGACUGUGUGAGUGACCAACUAGCAUCUCCGUCGUUCAGGGCCUCCAGGUCUUCUAGGCUAGCUAGGCUUAUCUCCUCUGCCGUGUUCCCUUCCAUGACUGGUGGCACAGUGAACUCGAUUUGGCUCUUUCGGUGGACAGUUAUAGAUACGUUCGGUUAAGCCGGAAUGCUCUUCAACUGACGCGCCUGCUCGUUUAUAACGAUGUCACAUGACUGAGAUCAUACAAGAGAUGUCAUACAACUGAAGUCAUAUAAGCGAUGUCAUAUAAUUGAAGUUAUAUAAGUGAUGUCAUACAACGGAAGUCAUGUAAGCGAUGUCAUACAACUGAAGUCAUAUAAGCGAUGUCAUACAACUAAAGUAAUAUAAACACGUGCAUUAAGCACGAGCGAAGUCACACUAACACGACAACAGAGGCACCACAAUCAGUGUAGGGAUUCCUUACACAACUGCUAACAUCAUAAAACUGAUGCCACAAACACUACUGUGCCCUUACUCACAACGUUCCUUAACUGUCACAACUACUAUUUUCUAACAGAAAGGGCAACUCACUCGUUCUUAAAUUUUAUUUACAAUUGGAGAUGCAGUCUGGUUGUAUGCUUUGAACACUAUCUCUCCCGCGUGUACAUGAGAAUGUAAGUGACACAGAGUACACUCUUUCCUCACACGCGGUCCUCGCUGCUGGUGGCAUUUCGAUCCGGAUUGAACGAUAACACUCCUGCACGCCUGUUCGAACAAUUUUGGCACCGAGACCAGUCCUCUCUGACACUUGACCCACAUACAGAGGUGUCACAUUUCUCUACGUACACAUAUGAGUGCUAUACACAAACUCAACCCACAACCCCCUUUUCGUUGGGGUUAACUAUUAUUAUAUUAUAGGCAUCACACUUUAGUUGAUGAUUCACAAAUUCUCACAUAGGCAUCCCAGCUCUCCUGCUGUGUAGCUGCCUGGUGCUCCGGCGCCGGAAGGAAGCUCCCCGCUGAAGGUCCAUCGACGGUUGAGUCACUCGCCAGUUCUCGGUAGAUUGUAUCGGCAGACUGUAGUGUCAUGGUCACAAUGGCACUGCUGGUCUGUUUGAAACCUGAUGAUUCAUAUUAUGCUUCACGCCCUCAAAACAUGUGGAUAACUGGUGAGUUAUCCCUAGGAAGGGAUUUUCCCUAGCUUAGGUGCCGUCCAUUUUCUCUGACUUUCUGAAACCAACCUAUAUAAAGUAAAUUUGAAUGUGAGCGAGAACACCGUUGUUUUGCACCAACUUAGAUAUGUCUGAUUACAGUUAAAGCAUUCAAGAUCCGUUGUGAGUGAUGUUGAAAGCUUCAACUGUCUUUAUAGUUAGUAACACUUAUCAAGUAAGUGAGGGUCGAGUCUGCCAGUAUGAAUGACAUCCCGUGAUAUCGUCCUUGGGUAUAGCCGUGAAUUUCCAAUUGUUACUGAAGUUAGAUUAUUUUGAUGCCCAAACCUCAGAGAAUCUGAUAUUUGGAGUUUGAUUAUUGUCAGUUGUCUAUUUAAGAAAGUAAUUAAUCUCCUGAAAAGAAUAUGUCACACUCUUAUCUCCAAGAUCUCAACGUUUACCCAUAGAAGGUCCUUGCCUAGAAAUCCCAAUUAUGUUGUGAGAAUGACGUUAACAGCGUGUGUAUUUGACAUCCAUUUCACUUCUUCCUGGCAAGCCCAAUCUCUGAUUAGAUUAUAAAAAUAGACGUAAGAAAUUCACCUGACCCAUGACUGAUUUUCAUAGUUAAAUGUUCAGCAACUGAGUUGAAUGUAAUUUCUGUCAUUGAGUGAUUAGCCUUUCUGGCAUGUGUAGUGCAGAGGACUGAGUUGCCAUUUAGCUGUAUAUAAACUCGUGUUCGAGGAGAAGCGUCACAUCUCUGACGCUGUCCCAUCAUAUCUCAGGUAUGUGUAUGUUCUCACGCCCGCUAUAUGAAGUCAGUUAAACUUAGUGAAUUUUGUGAAUAUCAGUGUUCAUGUUGUAACAGUGAAAUUAUCAUUUACCCAGUGAGAGAAUUAAUGUAGUGUAAAUAUCGUCUGUCAUUGCCAGACGAAAGAUUGUUUGUGAUUGAGUUAUUUUUCACAUCUCUGACGCUGUCCCAUCAUAUCUCAGGCACAGUGUGUGUGUUAGCUGAAUACCUGACAGACACAGGGAGGCCGGUAGCUGCACACCAGCUGGCUGCCUCUAGGAUGUCGUUAAUUCAGCAUGAUUAAUUUGUGCGAGUCCGCACCCUGGUGACUUGGCUCGAACUACCUCGCUGUGUGUCGGACUGUAACCGACCCAAACAGCGCUCUUUGUUUGUCGUGGUGACACCACUGUGACACCCUGGUGCACUCCUUACAGUUAUAUGGGCCAAAGUAUUAUUGUUGUAUAUGAUUGGGGAUAAUUAGCAGAAAUAUAGUUAUUCCAUGUUGAGAAGCGAACUCAUAAAUACUGAUAGUACCAGUAAUAACGUGUUAUGUGUUGUGAAUUGCAUCCUCCAUAUGUACUACCAACUGAGUUCUAGUGAAGGUACCAUAUGUAAGCUUGUCAUGUUGUGUGUUCUUUUAAAUGUACAACCAGUAAUGAUGUAAGAAGCAUGAGUAUCUAAUUGAAAUUGCAGAUGAGUAAAGUCAAGGAGUUGAUCCUUGUAGUUGUAUGUUAAUGACAUCUUUAACCAGAUUUAAUUUCAUAUUCAUAAACCAUUUUUAGAGUAUGAUAGAGGUAUCAUUUUCCCUCAGUAUCUACCUUUAUUCUUGUCCAAUAGCUUGAUACCAAAAUUACUUAACCCAUGUGCCCAAACCCUUGCCAUGCUACCAAAGGUCAGAGGUUAUGAAGUAACUAUAGGAAAUGAAAUAAUUAGACAGAACUAAUGGAGAAAAUGAAUGAAAUAAGGAAAAGAAAAGAAAAGAAGAAAAGAAGAAAGCCUCCACCCUUAUAAAUGGUUUGCAGCAGUGGGAUUGUAAUUUAAUAUAUCAAGUUGGGAAGAAUGAAUGUGAUACUGUGGGUGUUUUUUAACUGUCAUUCGUAAUAACCAUUUCUCUAAACAGGUACCUAAUAACCAUUUCACUGUAACAAAUGAGUAUUUCAGAUUGCUAAUAUUUUGUUACGUAUUUUUCCAUUGUACAGUAUAGUAUGUUAUUCUGUGAUAUUUAAGUAGGGACUUAAAUUAUUUCAUUUGGUAGUAAUUUUGUUCAGUGGAAACAGUGUUAAGGAAAUGUACAGAUUUUUUUUUUUUGGUUUUGCCGAGAAAUUGAAAUAACAGUUAAGAGUAAAUACUUCACUUGAAGUUAGGUAAGAACAAUUGCCUCAAAGAAAAAUAGAAAUCUUGUUUAAAGUAAAUUGUACUUGUAAUGCUGUUGUGUAGAAACAUGAAAUAUUCAGAGUAAUGGUAAUUGUCUGAAAAACAAAUGUCAGCUACCUAACUUAUAUAUUUUUGCAUUCUUCUUUUUUGUGAAAUCUCAGAAAAAGUGUUUAUUAUAUACCAGUGUAAUAUUUUUUUGGUGCCUUCCUACACUGAUACCAUAGCAACUGUUGUGACCACUCAAGUUAAUACUUUGAUAUUUACAGACAAUGAGUGAGCAGUGAACAUCUGCCGUGUUAAGAGUGUUGUGGGCAGUGUUCAUUUCUGAGUGUCACCUGAAGGCCAUUAUUGUACUAAGGUUAUGUAACUUAGUUUUAUUUGUAAUUGUGAAAUUUAUUUGAUGUAUUUGUUGUGGUUUCAAUAGGAAGUGUUGAAAUUCUCACUUGACGACAUAUUUUUUUUUGGCUAAUGAAUUUAUUUUAUAUAACCGAGUUGAGAGUUAUAAAAAAAUUUGUGUGUGUA